GCGAGGAGACACAGCCCACCUCGGUGCCUCCUCUACACACAGACGUCAUGAAUGCUCUUUUGGUGAUAUCGGCGUGCGUAUGCGCGGCCUCAGGCCUCCCGCAGUACUACCCGUAUACUGCUUCGGGAUACGCCGCCGUUGCACCGAUCGUAGCUCCAGCCCCCGAAGUGACGUACGAAUACAACGUGAUCCCAGACACCGCGCCCGCUCCCGAGGCCCCCGCGCCCCAGGUGUACGCGGCGGUCGCACCCUACGUCCCUACCGAAUACAAGACGCAGUAUCACUCCCAGGAUGAGCUCGGUCAGUUCGCCUUCGGCCACGCCUCCGCUGGACAGGCCCAUUCCGCCAGCAGGGAUUACACGGGAGCCGUGCGCGGAUCCUACACGUACAUCAACGCCGAGGGCAAGGAGGUCGUCGCACACUACAUCGCUGAUGCCGGCGGCUUCCGCAUUUCCUCCAACGCCCUGCCCGUCGCCCCCACCUUCACUGGAGAGGCCCCCGUCGCCCCCGAGUUCAACCUCGAGGCUCCCGUGUUCGACUUGGAGGUGGCGAAGGACACUCCCGAGGUGGAGGCUGCCAAGGCCGAGCACUUCCGCUUGGUAGAAGAGCACAAGGCCGCUGUGGCAGCUGCCCUGGCUCAGGCCGAAGCCGAAGAAACUGAAACCGAGGCUCCUGCUGCUGAAGAAGUCGUGGAGGCUGUAGAGGAGGCACCCGAAGAAACCGUAGAAGCUGCUGAAGAAGCACCUGAAGAAACCGUAGAAGCUGCUGAAGAAGCACCUGAAGAAACCGUAGAAGCUGCUGAAGAAGCACCUGAGGAGGCAGCCGUGGAGGAGGCCGAGGAAACAACCGAGGCUGCUCCUGAGGCUGCAGAAGAGACCGCCGAGGAGGAGACCGCAAGUCGCCGUAAGCGAAGCGUGUUUCUCGGCAACCAGGUGGUCUUCCCAGAGUUCUACAAGGCCGUGCCCGUAGAGCCAGUGACAGUCAAAGUCGAGGCAACAGCUGCACACCCAGCAAUUGCUCCCGUGCGCGAUGCUGAGCUCCUGCGCGUUGUGCACAACCCCGGACACGCUGUUGCCUAUCGCGUCUACUAAGAGCCUUCUUGAUCACUGGACUUUUGCCCAAAUUUACUUAUCAUACAAUAUCUGCCGUGGGUAUUACAUUGACACUUGGUGAUUAGAUUCUGUAUCUUUCUCUGUCACACCUCUUCAAAACAUAAUUAGUCAAUCACAUGUAAAUAAAGAAAUCAGUUUUGUAAUUACUAUAUCUAACAUGAAAAAAAACUAUAACCAACACAACUGUAACAGAUAAAACGAUUACCCUAAAAAUAUAAUUGAAGAUCACCACACGCAUCCAUUCAUUACCUGCUCCCAAAGUAGACUUCCUAAAUCUGAAAAUCUGAUAUCAAACCCACAAAAAUUAAUCGUUACCUCCGCAAGUGCCAUUCCUACCUCACUUCACUUCACUCAGUGUGCUAGCACGCUAAUCUUCGGCUGCUUCAUUGCUUGGGUAUAUUAAUAUCUUGUCAUUUCUAAUCUCUUCGAAUUUUAUACUAAAUAUCCUUUGUAUAUGCCAACUCUACACACACACGCGCGCGCACACACACACACACACACACACACACACACACACACACACACACACACACACACACACACACACACACACUCUCUCUCUCUCUCUCUCUCUCUCUCUCUAAGGGAUAUUUUGGACUGCAAAGGCAACCAUAAAAUUAAAACCAGCAUUAA